CAGGCGGAUGCGCCGGGCGGCUAAGUACGGUGGCCGGGAGCGGGGGAAGCGGCCGGAAUGGCGGCGGCGGCAGUCGGCAGGGCGUGUGGCUAUGGCGUCUUCCGAGCGCCCUGGCGAGGGUUUGCUUCUUUGCCAGUGAAGGGGAGUUGCUGUUCUUAUUCCAGCCUGGCAUGGGCUUUCCAGACACGGUGUUCCAUCUCUGCCCCCUGGACUGUGAGAGUCGAGCAAAGCAGACACAGCAGUUUCUUCAAUGCAUUGACAGCAGAUGAGCUGUGGAAAGGAGCUUUGGCAGAGACUGGUGUGGGAGUAAAGAAAGGAAGAGGAAAGAGAAGGAAGAAAAAGAUAAGGAAGAAUCUCAAUAAAGGCCAGGAUAUUGGUGAAGGACGUUCUGGUUUCCUCUGGCCUGGUCUUAAUGCUCCUCUAGUGCAGAGUGGGAGAGUCCAAGCAAUUACCCAACGGAAAAAAGAAGAACAAGAGAGAAUUCAGUCUGAUAUUGUUCAGCAGAGAGACACAUGGGAGAAGAAAAGAAAAAUAAAAAUUAAGAGAGAGGGAGGAUGGAGUGGAAAGGUUUGGGGAGGGGUCAUUCUAGAUCCUCCUGACCCAGGUCCUAAUGGAGAAACGUACGGAAGUUUUGAAACAAGAGCCAUUGAGGUGAAAAAUGUGUUUUGUAUGAAAGCAAAGGAAGGCAGAAAAAAAUCAACACGUGCUUUAGUGGCUAUUGGAAAUGGUAAAGGGGCUGCAGGUUUUGCAAUUGGGAAAGCAGAUAACCGGAUGAAUGCUUUACGGAAAGCAAAGAAUAAAGCAAUACGCUGCUUACAUUUUAUAGAGCUCUAUCAAAACCACACAAUUUACCAUGACAUUACAGUGAAAUUUAAAAGCACAACCAUCCGCAUGAAGAAGCAAAACAAAGGGUAUGGUCUUCAUUGCCACCGAGCUAUCAUCACCAUCUGCAAACUAAUUGGCAUUAAAGACAUGUACGCCAAGGUUUCUGGAUCCAAAAACUUGAUUAACAUUACCAGAGCUCUCUUUAAAGGCUUGACACAACAGGAGACUCACCAACAGUUAGCAAACCAGAAGGGUCUCUACGUAGUCGAGUUCCGGGAGGAGCAGGGCCCGCUGCCCAUCGUCGUGGCGCUGCCCGAGGGGACCGUCCGCAGCGACCCCGAGCCCGACGAUGAAGUUCCAGACACAAAGCUGGAGUGGAGUGAGGUGAAGGAAGCUCAGGGAAUGAAAAAAUCCCCCUGGGUAAACGUCAGACGUCAGGCAUGGUAAAAGCUUUGGCCCCCCCCUCUCUUCUGCUCAGAGGUGCAACUGGGAAAGCCCGGCCCCAACGGAGAGGUUGGCUAGGCUGGCGUUUUAGAAGAGGGCACCGGCAGCUCCCUGGUGCCACUCGCACUGCUGCCCCUGUUGCUAAGGCUCUUUGCUUCCCCCCCCCAAUUCCCCCCGACCGCCGUCCGACGGGGGCCGCUCGGAUGGCAACCGCCUGCGAGCGCGCCUUUGUCUUCGAGCGUGCGUUUUACUUGAUUCCUGAAGGUGACGUUUAACCAACAGAUUCCCCCGUUUCUUUCACAAGCUCUUGGGGAGCUGCUGCAAAGAUGAGGUUGUGAAAGCAAUAAAGAAUCCCUCGGAAUGAGGUCA